AUGUCACACGUGCAAGGCAUCACCCAGAUCGUCCGAGCCGUCCAGGUUGACGGAAAUGACGGGGAUGCUAACGACCCUAUCACCGGCGGUCCUGGCCCCGAGAUCAGGACCAGCGCGACUAUAGCAAAUACAAACACCUCGGCCGAACAUCGUGAUGGUCUUAUAGCGGCAAACCAGCCACCAGAUGCGCGAAGACCGUCUUCUACCGCCGUGGUCCUGCUGAUGUCUCCGCUAUGCCUAUCGGUAUUCCUCUCCUCGCUCGACCUGACGGUUGUGACACCGGCUAUACCCUCUAUUGCCAGCACUUUCCACGCGGUCGAAGGCUAUGUAUGGGUCGGGGGCGCAUUCGUCCUUGCUAGCACCGCUAUCACGCCCGUCUGGGGGUCGGUAGCAGACAUAUGGGGUCGUAAGCCCAUUAUGCUCACCUCGUUGGUCCUGUUCCUCGGAGGAUCUCUUCUUUGCGCGUUGGCGCCGAAGCUCGGGGCUUUGAUCGCCGGUCGUGCGAUCCAAGGUCUAGGAUCUUCGGGUAUGAGCGCUAUGGUGAAUACCAUCAUUUGCGACACGUUUUCUAUGAGAGAUCGCGGGUUGUACCUCGCCAUCACCUCAGGAGUUUGGGCUGUUGGCAGUGCUGUUGGGCCCAUCAUCGGUGGCGUCCUGACGUCGCGGUUAGAUUGGAGAUGGUGCUUCUGGAUCAACUUACCAAUUGGUGUUUUGGUUUUCAUCGUUCUACUAUUCUACCUCAACGUACCAUCACCAAAUACGCCUGUUCUCGUCGGCUUGAAAGCCAUUGAUUGGUCUGGAAGCUUGCUAAUAGUUGGCAGCGCAACCAUGGUCCUUUUGGGGUUGGAAUUCGGAGAUGUGGUAUUUCCAUGGUCUUCCACAACAGUAAUAUGUCUGAUCGUCUUUGGUGUUGUCGUCAUUGGUAUUUUUGUCGCCAACGAGUGGAAGAUAGCCAUGAAUCCCGUCAUUCCCUUACGCCUGUUCUCGAGCAGGUCUACUGUGGCAGCGUAUGUUGUGUAUGCAUGCACAUUCUAUGUGCUGAUCGGUCUGUCUUACUACAUUCCGCUGUAUUCACAGUCGGUGCUGGGUGCCAAUGCCUUGCAGUCUGGUGUCCAACUUCUUCCCCUUAUUGUCUCAUGCUCUCUAGCAGCUGCCGCCACCGGUGCCUUUAUCCAGCGGACUGGCGUCUACUUGCCUGUGAUGUACGCUGCCCAAGUAAUGCUGACACUCGGAGUGGGUCUUCUGAUCAAUAUUCAUUACAACGAGAGUAUUACCAAGAUGGUCGUCUUCGAGAUCAUUAUCGGCGUUGGAGUAGGCAUGAACAUCGAACCGCCCCUCCUCGCAGCUCAGGCGGCGGCCACAGUACUUGAUACAGCAGCUGUCAUUGCGACGAUGAAUUUCACUCGGUCUAUCUCGACAGCCGUUGCAAUUGUCGUGGGCGGCGUCAUCUUCCAGAACCAGAUGAGCGCCGCUAAUGCUGACCUCGUGACAAGACUCGGCUCUCAAUUGGCUAGUGCGUUCGACGGCGACCAAGCCACGGCUAACGUCGAGCUCAUUUCUUCAUUACCACCAGCCCAGGCAAUCCAGGUGCGCCAAGCAUAUUUUGGAGCAUUUAGAGGUGUCUGGAUCAUGGUGAGAUGUCCACAAUAUGCGACCUUUUCGAACGGCGACAUAUUGCUAACUUGA